AUGUUGGACUUCAAGAGCCUAUUUCCGACGGUGACAGCGUUCAUUGCAUUUAUACUUACCCUCCUAUGUCUCUUCGCGGGGACGCAGAGAAACUUCCUCGAAGACGUGGAUCUCUUGACGCUCUAUACACCCGCAGGCACCGCAGGAACCGCCAGCGGUGGAGCCCAUGAUUUCUAUUCCAUCCACGUCAUGUCCUACUGCCAGGGAACGGUGGUAACGCUCGACCCCGGCACAGAAGUCACGCGCAACGUAACUGAAUGCUCGAACCGCACGAUUCUAUCCUCAUUUGACCCGACACAAGCCUGGCCGAAGGAGAUCACCUCUAGCCAGGACCUGGGAUGGGCACGCGUAAUCAGCGAUGACUUCCACGCCUUCAGAAUGACAAGCCAGGUCAUGGCCGUGAUGUACUGUAUCGGAGUUGGCGCGAUGGGUGCUGCGAUCCUCGUACGAGUAUGGACUACUCUCUCCCCGCGCGCAGGCCAGGGCCUAUUUGAAUUUUCGUUUUUCAUGCUCGGAUCUUUUAGCAUCAGCAUCGCGUCCAUCAUCGCAACUGUUAUCGCGUUUGAAUUCGUCGCUCUAAUUAAUGCUCACGGCAAGGGCUCGAAUGUGUCGGCCCAUUACGGCGAGAGAUUCCUCGGGAUGAGUUGGGCCGCGGUGGGGCUGGUGCUCGCCGGUAGCGUUUCUUGCUUCGUGAAUGUCUUUGUUUACAAACGGGCUGCGUAUGCGCCUGCGCCCGUCUCAAAGGAUAUAGAGGGGUAA